AUGGAGCACCUCCAGAGAGGCUAUGAAAAGGUGCUGAGCUGCAGUUCCACCCAAUUGCUAACGUCUCUUGUGAUAAUUAUCCCGACCCUCCUUGCACUGAAGCUCCUCGUUUCUUCUCUCCUCGCUGAAGAUGAACGGCCGGUUACCUUUGACGUACCUCUACCUAAGGAGCUGAGACCUGAAUGGGAGGGUGUCGCAUGGGAGGACAUCAGCAGAGAGUCAAGAGAAAUUCUGACGUCGCAAGGGACAACCGGGACAUUUAGUGAAAAGAAAAUUCUGAGCUACUGCCCUGCCGAUGGACGCCUGCUUGGAGAUGAGAAUGGUAUAAAGCCAGCAACUCCAAAGGAUAUCGAUGAUACAUUCGAGCGCGCCUCAGCCGCAUAUUCGCAAUGGAGAGAGACGAGCUUUGCGGAAAGGAGAAAGGUUUUGAGGACAUUGUUGAAAUACAUCCUUGAGCACCAAAACGAGAUUGCAACUGCCUGUUGCCUUGACUCGGGCAAAACCAAAGUGGAUGCUUGUUUUGGAGAUAUAAUGGUUACAGCUGAUAAGUUGAAAUGGACAAUUGACCAUGGAGAAAAAUCACUACAGACAGAUCGUCGACCAACCAAUUUUCUUAUGAUGUACAAGAAGAACACCGUUCGAUAUGAGCCCCUCGGCGUUGUUGGAGCUUGCGUGUCUUGGAACUACCCAUUCCACAAUCUGAUUUCACCGGUAAUCAGUGCGAUAUUUGCUGGAAAUGCCAUCAUUGUGAAACCAUCUGAGCACACGGCUUGGUCCUCGAUCUUCCUAUGCGAUAUUAUCAAACGCGCAAUUGUUAGCUGCGGCCACUCAAAAGAUCUUGUCCAGACGAUCAUCUGUCUACCACAGCAUGCGGAUGCGAUGACAUCUCACCCUUUACUACGACAUUUGAUUUUCAUUGGAUCAAAACCUGUUGCCCAUGAAGUUUGCAAGUCAGCUGCAAAGGCCCUGAUUCCAGUAACAGUGGAGCUUGGUGGAAAAGACCCCGCUAUUAUCCUGGAUGACCCCAAGACCAAAAGUGAUCUUCCAAGUAUUGCGUCUAUCAUGAUGAGAGCAGUGUUCCAAUCCGCCGGGCAGAAUUGCAUUGGAACCGAGAGGAUAAUUGCACUGCCCAAGGUAUACGACGAGUUACUUGAGAUAGUCACUCCACGUAUCAAAGCACUUCGCCUUGGGUCUGCACUUCUUGAUGGAAAGGGUAAUCCAAAGGCUCAAAAACCUCCUCACACUCCCGACGUUGGCGCUCAAAUCUCAUCUAGGUCUUUUGACCGUCUGGAAAGCUUGAUAUCGGACGCUGUGCGAGACGGAGCUAGAUUGAUAUAUGGAGGCAAACGGUACCAUCAUCCUGACCACCCAUAUGGCCACUACUUUAUGCCAACUCUCCUUGUCGACGUCACUACUGAAAUGAAGCUUGCACAGACAGAGUUGUUCGCGCCUGUCUUCGUGAUGAUGCGAGCCAAGACGGUAGACGAGGCUAUCUCUAUCGCAAACUCCAUCAAAUACGCCCUUGGCUCCAGCGUUUUCGGCCACAACCGGGCGGACGUGGAAAAAUGUGUUUCCCGUCUUGACGCAGGUAUGGUCGCAGUCAAUGACUUCGCUACUUUCUACGCUGUAGGGCUACCAUUCGGCGGCGUGAAAGAUAGCGGUUAUGGGAGGUUUGGUGGGGCCGAGGGCCUCAGGAACUUGAGCAAUCUGAAAGCAGUUUGUGAAGACAGAACCUUUCUCCAGACCAAGAUCCCACCACGGCUGGAUUAUCCUAUUCAAAAGGGACAGGGGAAAGGUCAAGGCGGUGAAGGUGCAUGGACUAUGUGUCAGGGAGUGGUCGAGACCGGGUACCAGCCGUCUUUGGUCGGGAAGAUAAGCGGAGUGCAGAAAAUUUUAAGCAACAUGUGA